AUGACUGAUAUAGAAGCAGAUAUAUCUAAAGAUGGCUCGGAAGAGCAUGUCACCGCCUUGCCAAAUCCGAAGCGGCAGUGGUACCGCAGUACCUUGUUUAAUGCAUUUGUGAUCGGAGGAGUUGGCUUUCUGGCCCCAGGUCUAUGGAACGCCAUGAACUCCCUAGGAGCCGGUGGAGCGGAAUCCCCGUAUCUCGUCAACGCUGCUAAUGCACUCGUCUUCGGCCUCAUGGGCUUUUUCUGUCUCUUCGGCGGCCCGAUCGCGAAUCGAAUCGGUCUCUCCUACACGCUGUUCCUCGGCGCCAUUGGUUAUCCCGUUUAUGCGGCAGGUCUCUACACCAACAAUCGUUUUGGCAACGAAUGGUUCGUCCUGGUCGGUGCCGUCGCCUGUGGUAUAUCAGCUGGCCUGUUCUGGGCAAGUGAGGGUGCAAUUGCUCUGGGCUACCCGGAGCCUACCAAGCGCGCCAAGUAUCUGAACAUUUGGGUGUGGUUUCGUACUCUUGGCCCAAUUGUUGGUGGUGCCAUUGUCCUGGCAUUGAAUGUCAAAACCGCGCGCAAGGGGAAAGUUGGUUAUGUGACCUACCUCAUUUUCAUCGUCCUGCAGUGCCUGGCUGCCCCCCUGGCAUUGGCAUUGUCACCACCCCACAAGGUUCAGCGAAGCGACGGUUCCAAGGUCAUCGUCAAAGGAGAGGCGUCGUUUCUCGCCGAGUUCAAGGCGCUCUACCAGACAUCCCGGAGACGCAACGUGCUUCUUCUUCUUCCCGUCUUCUGGGCCGCCUAUUUCAACCAGUACACAGGCAACUUCCAAGCCUACUACUUCAGCAUUCGGGGGCGUGCUCUGAUUGGAUUUGUUAGCAACUUCGCCACGCUUUUCUCUUCGCAAAUUCUCAGCCAAUGGCUGGAUUGGACUCGAUUUCCCGUUGGGAAGCGCCUUGAAUAUGGAUACUACUAUGUCGUGGCAGUCCAUAUUCUUUCCUGGGUCUAUGGUUGGGUGGUUUCGGAGCAAUUCACAGCGAACCCCCCCACGCUCGAUUGGACUACGCCGGGCUUCGUCAAGGGCUUCUUCGUUCUUUUCCUCUGGAGCUUUUCACAGCAAGCGGCCCAGAGCUGGCUAUACUAUCUUGUCGCUACAAUGACAGACAAUAUGUCGGAGUUGACAAGACUCACGGGCAUUUUGAGAGGCCAAGAAAGCUUCGCACAAGCGGUAUCAUAUGGUCUGAAUACGAGGAAUUGGUACGGAGGGCGUGUGCCGCUCGCUGUUAACACAGUUCUUCUUGGAUUAUCUGUGGUUCCUACCUAUCUUGUCGUCCGGGAUCAUCGCCAUGUCGAUGAGAUCAAGACAGACGCGGACGAAGGAUCUUUGGAAGCAAGUGGGGGACAAGCUCAGGCCGAAAAGCAAUAA